AUGCAGCUCACCUACAACACGCAGGACUAUUCCAGUGCAGGAUACACAGAGCCCAAUGACUCUGGCCUGACUGGCUUUGGCCGUCAGGUUGUCAAUGAGAUGGCAAAGCUGGAAAUGGUGGUAGACCUGAGCCAUGUUGGUCCAAAGACCAGCGAGGACGCCAUCAACCACGCGCCCGAGGGCAAGCCGCCAUGCUUUUCACAUGUCCCGCCUUCCGGCAUGAAAGAGCACCCACGGAACAACUCCGACCACCUCAUGAAGCUCAUCGGCUCCAAGGGCGGGUUUGUUGGUCUCUCCCAAUUCGGCCCGCACAUGAAGAAGGAUAACGACAGCACAAUUAAUGACUACGUCGAUGCGCUAGACUAUGUGAUUGGCUUGAUCGGGGAGGACCUGGUAGGAAUUGGGUCCGACGCCAGCGAGGGCCAUGGCAUGCUGUCGGAGUUCAUGGCGUGGUGCAACAAGGACAAGGGCUACGCCAGGCAAUUGACAUCAUGGGGCAGCUAG